UCCUCUCUUUCUCUCUCUAAACCACCCUCUUACUCUCAGACAACAAACAAAACAAAGCCACAAACAAUUCCAGGCCUUGCCCAUCCCACGUUCCCUUGAAACCCUAACUGUAAAACCCUAAGACUCGCUUCCCCACCCCUCUAAUCUCACGCCACGUGUCCCCAACUCAUGCCUCCCCUCCCCUUCUUCUUCUUCAUCCAUUUCUCCUCUCUCACUUUCCAAAUUCGAAACCCUAAUUUCCUGCCUCCACCGUACCUCUCCGGCAAUUUUAGGGUUCUCCGUUAUUUUUCCGGCCAAUUCAGUAAUUCUCCGGCGAUUUCCUAGGGCUCAUUUGGGCUAUACAUUUUAGGGUUUUUUUUCUAGAGAGAGAUGGCAUUUAGUGGGACUUUGCAGAAGUGUAAGAUGUGUGAUAAGACAGUUUAUGUGGUGGAUUUGUUAUCGGCUGAUGGGGUUAAUUAUCACAAAUCAUGCUUCAAAUGUAGCCACUGUAAGGGCACGUUAUCGAUAAGCAAUUACUCGUCACUGGAAGGUGUCUUGUAUUGCAAGCCUCAUUUUGAACAGCUAUUCAAGGAGACCGGCAGCUUUAACAAGAGCUUUCAAUUACCUCCGAAGUCUGCAGACAAGCAACAUGAUUUGGCUAGGGCCCCCAGCAAACUUUCCUCUCUCUUCUCAGGGACACAGGACAAGUGUGCUACUUGCUAUAAAACAGCAUAUCCUCUAGAGAAGGUUACAGUGGAGGGUGAAUCAUAUCACAAGUCAUGCUUCAAGUGUUCACAUGGAGGAUGCCCCCUUACACCCUCAACUUAUGCAGCUCUUGAUGGCAUCCUUUACUGUAAGCACCAUUUUGCUCAGCUUUUCAAGGAGAAGGGCAAUUACAACCAUCUGAUCAAGACUGCUUCCAUGAAGCGAAAUGCUGCUUUGAUUCCGGCAGAGGAGGCAGCCGCCGACCCUUCGUAAUUUUUGUUUCCUUGCAUUUGUAGAGUGUUGGUCACUCUCAUCAUUUUUUCUUGGUUCUCGGGUUUUUCCUUUCAUUUUUCACAUGAUUUUAUUACUUAUUCUUUUGUUAUUUUGAAAGAGAGAAGCAGGUGCUCUGGUUUGGCUCUAAAUGAUUUGGGGACCCUUCUCUCCAGAUUGUAUGUGACCAUUUUUAAAUUUUUGGCCUCAUAAGGAAAUGAUAUUUAUUGAAGUUAUCCUUUUGCCUCUCA